AUGGCUGGGGUCGUAGGGACCAGGGGGUCGGCCUCCCUCAGUGACUUUAAGUUUGGCGCUGUAGACACGCAGACCAUCGAAGACGCCCUGCUCCACUUGGCCCAGGAGAAUGAAAGGGCGGUGCGGGAAGCCCGGGGGCAGGCGGGCAGCUUCAGGGAGACCCGGAUCGUGGAGUUCAUUUUUCUCCUGUCCGAACAAUGGUGCCUGGAAAAAUCCGUGAGCUACCAGGCAGUAGAAAUCCUAGAAAGGUUCAUGGUUAAGCAAGCAGAAAGCAUCUGCAGCCAAGCAGCACCUGUGGUGAGAGGUAGUGAGAAAGCAGAGUCCUGGAGCUGGCGGGCCCAGAAAGAACAACUCUGCAAUAUAUUUGUACUUCGACUUGUGUCAUGUGUUCAGCUGGCAAGCAAACUUUCCUUCCACUACAAAAUAGUCAGCAAUGUUACAGUCCUGAAUUUCCUCCAUGCCCUAGGGUACCUUUAUACUAAAGAAGAACUACUGGAGUCAGAACUUGCCAUUCUGAAGUCUUUAAACUUCCAGAUCAAUUUACCUACUCCUCUGGCAUAUGUGGAGAUGCUCCUAGAAGUUUUAGGGUAUAAUGGCUGUUUGGUCUCAGCCAAACAGCUGCAUGGAACCUGCCUGACAUUACUUGACUUGGUCUAUCUCCUGCAUGAGCCCAUCUAUGAAAGCCUGCUGAGGGCAUCAUUUGAGAACUCUACAUCCAUGGAACAGCAGGGGGGAAAAUUUGUGUCAGUGAAAGAAGACUUCAUGCUUUUGGCAGUUGGGAUCAUUGCAGCCAGUGCUUUCAUCCAAAAUCAGGAGUGGUGUGGCCAGGUUGUAGAGCACUUACACAGCAUCACCGGCAUCACCACUGAGAGUAUUGCUGAAUUUUCAUAUGCAAUCCUGAUUCAUGGGGUAGGAGCCAGCACCCCAGUUCGACAACAACCUUUUCUGCACCACCUGGCAGCCAGACCACUGAGGGCUGCUGCCACCUGCAACAUGUGA